GACGCGUGUGAGCCAAGUUAGGGUAGGGGGCACAGACCCUUGGGGGUCUCAGAGACUAAAGGGGGGUAGGGGGCUUCAGGGCCUCGCAGUCCAGAGCCGGAUUGGCGAGUUAGACGCUUGUAGAUCCAAGGUUGGAUUGGGGUGGGGUCUCUAGGACGUUGGCUAGCUAGGCAAGGAUUGGGGGGAUUUAAGUGCUUAGAGAUCGAAGGCAGGCCUUGAGUAGGGGGAGUCAGACAAUUGGAAAGCCUAGGUGGUUAUUUGGGGAGGGGUCUCCGCGCUUUGGCGAGGUGCAAAGCUGCGCCUGUUUGGCUUGAGGCCUUGUCCAGAGAGGUUUCUGUGCAGGGUGGGCCGCCUGGGCCAGGCCAAGAGAAAGAAAGUGAAUAACCCAGGACUAUAAGUGGGCGGGGGGCCCCUGAGAGGGGGGUCACAAAGGGUGAGACAUGGCCACCAGGCGUUUAACCGACGCUUUCUUGUUGUUGCGGAAUAAUUCCAUCCAAAACCGGCAGCUGUUAGCCGAGCAACUUGCUGAUGACCGUAUGGCUCUGGUGUCAGGCAUUAGCUUAGAUCCAGAAGCAGCAAUCGGUGUCACAAAACGGUCACCUCCUAAAUGGGUGGAUGGAGUGGAUGAAAUACAGUAUGAUGUUGGCCGGAUUAAACAGAAGAUGAAGGAAUUAGCCAGCCUUCAUGACCAGCAUUUAAACAGACCCACCCUGGAUGACAGCAGUGAGCAAGAGCAUGCCAUUGAAAUAACCACCCAAGAGAUCACUCAGCUCUUCCACAGGUGCCAGCGAGCGGUGCAGGCUCUGCCCAGCCGGGCCCGCAGGGCCUGCUCCGAGCAGGAGGAGCGGCUCCUUCGCAACGUGGUGGCCUCCCUGGCCCAGGCUCUGCAGGAGCUGUCCACCAGCUUCCGGCGCGCACAGUCAGGCUACCUCAAACGCAUGAAGAAUCGAGAGGAAAGAUCCCAGCAUUUUUUUGAUACAUCAGUACCACUAAUGGAUGAUGGAGACGAUAAUACUCUUUAUGAUCGGGGUUUUACAGAUGACCAGUUGGUGCUGGUGGAGCAGAACACACUGAUGGUGGAGGAGAGGGAGCGGGAGAUUCGCCAGAUCGUGCAGUCCAUUUCAGACCUGAAUGAAAUAUUUAGGGAUUUAGGAGCGAUGAUUGUGGAGCAGGGUACAGUCCUUGAUAGAAUUGACUAUAAUGUUGAGCAGUCCUGUAUCAAGACCGAAGAUGGCCUGAAACAGCUUCACAAGGCAGAGCAGUAUCAAAAGAAGAAUCGGAAGAUGCUUGUGAUUUUAAUAUUAUUUGUCAUCAUCAUUGUCCUCAUUGUUGUCCUCAUCGGCGUGAAGUCUCGCUAGGCGUCUGUGGGGCUGCAUGUGCCGCCCGCGUGGACUCCUGGGCGCCAGGGGCUCGGCCGCCGUGCGGGCCCAGCAGAGGCGCAGGCUGUGGACCGAGGACCGCGUGGGGGCAGCGAGCGCUGGCCUGGACUCCUCGUCGCAGUCAUGCUCAAGCAGAGGGAAUGGGCUUCUGGUUUUCCUUCAUUGUCAAGAAUUUAAGGACCUUUGAUACCACUGCAGAAUGGAGAUUGAGCUGUGUCAUCAGUUAUAAUGUCUAUUUUUUUUAGAAAGAGAAAAUGAGUUGAAUGUUUACAGGCACCCCACAAGCUGGUCGAUACUGUACAUGCAUAUGCUGUUUUUUUAGCUUCAUGUCGGAGCGGUGUGUUAAAAUACUUUUUGGAAAAAGUUUUUAAAAACCAUCUGGUUUUUAAGAAAUUUGGUACCAAAAAUUUAUGAGUAGAGGCAAAAAUGCCUCUUCAUCUUUCUCUGUAUAUUUUCCAGUUGAAAACAAACUGAGAAGUCCUUUAAGAAUUUAUAAUCCGUUCCCCCAUUAACUUAAUUUAGCUUUUCCGUCACUGUUAAUGAUCAGAGUAACAAAGUGUGAAAAAUAAGAAACCAUCAUUGAUGUUAAUUAACACAUUUAGAUGGGCCAGUUAAAACAGCUUCAUAAGUUUAAAUUAAUUGUAAAUGGACUAUUCCUCAUCUAGAAUCUGUGCCCUGCAUUUUCUACUGUAAACCAAAAGGGGUUACUAACAAAACCACCUAAACUUAAAAGUUGGUGAUUUGAACCGACCUCACAUGGAAACACGCAAAUGGAAGAUGGGCAGUGUCAUGGAAGUCACCAGAAGCAGCCAGUGUGUCCCUGCACUCGUCCCCAGCUGCCCUUGCUCAGUCCAUUACUACGUACUAACCACAUAAUGGCCUGUUCAAACCAGACACCAUUUAAUGAACUGUGAAUUUACACACAGGCCAUUCUAAAUGGGUCACCCCAUUUAGGAUUAGUGGAUCUCAAAUUAUUAACCAAACAUCACUCCAUUUCAAAGUAAAAUAUUCCACCAGUGGUAUGAUUUAUCGGCUCUUCCACUGCUGCUUAACAUGUCCAGAAAGUAGGCAUGUUCCCGCAGAUUGUGAAAAUCUGGAUUAGGAAAUCCCUCAUUUCUGUGAGCAUGAAUCAGAUCGCCAAAGCAGGACUUUGCCGUUUACUUACCUAUUAUCAAUAUGGUGCUCGAAUAUAUUCCUGGAACUGUAGAAUAAUGUGGAAAGUGAUGGUAACUUUGAAAGCUGAAAUUCAUGUUUUAUUGGGUCUUGAGACACCGGUAUCUUUUUAAUGGUCUUUGUAUAAUUUUCGAUGGCUUUUCCAUUGUUUUUUAUCUCUCCUAAAAAGUUUUGAGAAGAGCAUGACUUCAUUAAAUGUGCUGUUUUAUUUGGAUCAGUCGCAUAAAAUGUCUCUUUAGAAUUGACUUUAAAGUUGUUUCCAGAAACUUAAACUCAAGUCCAGAGGUUCAGGUAGUCCAAACAGAUCAUGGUCUUAGAACCCACGCCCCAGCCUUCCCUUCCCCAGUCGUUUGUGACUCCAGGCGGCCACUGGUUUUCUUAUUACGGAUGUGGCUAAUAGAAUGAUCUAGACGUGCCCCUGGCAUUUCAGGAAAUUGCAUGGUAUUCCCUGACAAACAAUUAUUUAUUAGGAAAAAAGGUCAGCCAAUCCGAAUCCACCACCUCGAUCACCCCUGAAAUGUGGGGCUUCUACAGAUCUUGCGAAUAGCUCUAGGCCUUCUCUACUCACAGCAGAUUUGAAUCCAGUGGCAGAGUCGAGGUGUUCCCCGAGACCAACUGCUCCGAGGAGCUGGGCUGUGCAGGUCCGAGCUCUUCCCUCCCUAACGGUCUACAGUGGCAGUACUGGAUCCCUGGUGAAGCUUUUAAAGUGCUCAGUCUUACCCUUGAAGGAAAGUGACCCUUUAAGAAAGGAUCACCAAAAAAAAAAAAA